UUAUGCCACUUACCAGGUUACAAUUUCUGAUGAAAGCUGAUUCAUAGGAUGAAGUCACCGUAUUUGAGUUUUUAGAUGAAAAUGGUGGGUUGCACGGAUAACGGACUGAGGUGCUUGCUAACCAUGGUGAUUGUGAUUAUAGUUGCUCUUGCAAGUUUCCCUCAUUCCUGUGUAGACAAGGAGGAUUAUUUCCAUUGUCUAGCAUAGCAUGUGGUAGGUGCUUGGUAAAUAUCUCAAUGACUUUAUAAUGCUCUGCACAUUCUGAAGAAUUGCAGUGAUCACUCUCCCAUCACUUGUAAAUUUGGAGGUAAUUUUGCCUAUGUUGGCACUGCCAUUGUUCUUUACCAUGGCAUUUUGUAAAAGUAUUCUCUUACUGUUUGUGGAAGAAGUCCCAAUGAUUGAGGUUCCCAAUGAUCUCAAAUGCUGAGCAGUGAAAAGAGACUGAAUAACCCGUUUAUGAUCUGUCUUUAUUCCGUAUUCAUGGAAUCUGAUUAUCAUCACCUCUCAUUACUUUUACCCCUUACCCCAAACAAAAUGAAAUGAUUCCAUAAUGAAAAGGGUGAAGGAAAUAUGAUGUUUAUUUCAAUUGAGCAGACAGGCAUGGAUCAAGCAAAUUGAAGACAGAUGAACAUAUGAUCAACAAUAUACUGGGAGAGGAUAAAUGGAUUUUUAAUGAUUUUCAGCAACCACAUUUAUCACCUCCUGUUACUAGAGAGAAAAAUGUCUGCAGAUAACCAGUGGUCAGCAGAUGAGGAAGAAGGCCAACUCUCCCGACUGAUCAGGAAAUCUAGGGACUCCCCCUUUGUCCCCAUAGGAAUAGCAGGCUUUAUGACUGUGGUGUCCUAUGGUCUUUACAAGUUAAAGUACAGAAAAGAUCAGAAAAUGUCCAUCCAUCUUAUUCACAUGAGAGUUGCUGCCCAAGGAUUUGUUGUAGGAGCUGUGACUCUAGGUGUUCUCUAUUCUAUGUAUAAAGAUUACAUCAGACCUCGGUUCUUCAGUGUGUCCAAAAAAUGAAGCUACAUCUAAGAUAAGAAGGCUUCUGAAAACUAUUCAUUAUGAAGAAUUCUCAAUAUGUAGCAAAUUAUACUGCAGAAGAAUGAGACAGGAUUCUCAUACCCUUGUAUAGUAAGUCUCAAUUGUUUACGAAGUUGAUUUCCAAAUCAAAAAUCACA